UUGACGCAGCUCCAGGACUGUCUGGACGAUCUCCUCACGCAGAUGUACGCCUCCCUCAACUACGUCCACACCCGCCAUCCUUACGGCGACAUUCCCGAUCAACCUACACAAGCACCUCAAGCCGAUUCCCGCGAAGUCGGCCGCGUCGCAACGACCGGCGACGGCCCAGCAGCCGGCGCACAGCAAGGAGAGGGCCAGAACGGAAGUCGCGAACCAUCUACACCAUCUCCGGAGACUCAGAACACUUUCAACGCCGCGUUACGAGAACUGGCGCAGGAUCUCAUCUUGAAAGAGCAGCAGAUUGAAUACAUAAUCAACUCUUUACCGGGGAUUGGGAACAGUGAAGAGGAUCAGGAGCGGAGGAUGC